AUGGAGAACGAAAAGGCGACGUCAGAGCAUGAGGCCGAGAACAACGGCACGUACGGGUUCGUGCAAGGGCUAACGAACGCAACGCAAAACAUGGGGACGUCGAUCCAGGGGAUGCAGCAGCAGUUCCUGGACAACAUGCAGCGCGCGGUGCAAGUGACGGUGACGCUGAACAAGAUGAUGGAGGAGCUGGUGAAGCGGUCGAUCCAAAUCGGCGUGGUGGCGGAGGCCUUGGCAACGGAGCAGCCAAGCACGUUGCUGAAGAUCAACGUGACGAACCGGUCGCCGAUCCCGCUGGUGGAUAUGCGGGUGAAGCUGUGGUUUGAGACUCUGGCGGGCGAAGAUCCGGUGCAUCUGGUGAUGCAGCAGAACGAGAAGGGCCAGCUGCUGUUUGACGACACGGAGAAGGAGACGAGCCCGGAGCAGUUCACGGUGUCGCAGCUGGUGACCCUGGGCAGCUCGCAGCUGGUGGCCGGGGCGGUGCGCCUGGAGCUGCCCCGGCUGGUCAGGCUGCGCGGCAGGAUUGCGGUGGAGUUUGCGUCGCCUGGGUCUGGCAGCUCGCUGGGAGUGGCCAAGGAGUUUGGGGUGCAUUUGCGUCAUCUGCUCAGCCACCGCUUCCUGAAUGCCACCGAGGUCGGGAUGGAGUUUCCCAAGGCUGCUGGGCACUAUCUCGAGGGCACAGUCAGAGUUGGUCUGCUGUUUAUCAGAGAGGCGUUUGGCGUAAGCCCUGCGGCGGGCAUCCCGGUGGGCUCUGCCGUGCUGUUCAACGUCGAGGAACGGCCGGCGCUGCUGCUGUGCAUCACGCAUGAGGACGGCAGCGUGGCCGAGUGCCAGUGGGCAGUCAUCGAGGAGGGCGGCUAUACCGACGAGCUGGCGCCGCCAGCCGAAGCAUAGCUAUCUUUUCUUCUAUUAGCUCCAGCACCAACCCCUGCAAUAUCCCAUCACUCAUAUCAAGGUUUUU